AGUCGGAGACGCAGAAGUUGGGUAGAAACAACGGGUAGAUAGUAGAAGCGUAGAAGUUCCGGCAAAAAACACGGCGGUGGGGGCGCUAAGGUCGCUCCUGAAUCAAUUUUCUUGUUUACUCCGAAGAUGGCGGACAAGCGCUUUUAACAGACGGAUAUGUGCGGUCCGUUUGACGUGUAUGUGACAUCUCGGUUCUGGUAGAAACGUCGACGGAUAUGAGAAAGCACGUCUCCUGGAUCGUCAUUCUGUUGUGCACGUUCGUACUUGAGGUUCGAUCGAGAAACCUACAAGGGCUAUGGCGGGCAGGGCCCGGCUUUGUGCCGGCCCGGGGCCUGCGGGUGGUGCCCGGUUCGUGGGCGCGGGAGCGGUUGCUGCGGGAGCGCUUGGCCGAGGACGACGGGGCUGGGCUACCGGACGACUCGGCGCUGCACCCCUCGCUGCAGGUCGCGUCGGAGGGGUUCGCCGUCGACCGGUCCUCGGACGCCGCCUCGCAAGCGGCAGCCUCCCCUGGCCAGGCUGAACCCGAGCGUUUCCCGGAACCGCCAUCCGAGACAUCCCAAGACGGCCGGUCCUCGAGAGAAUCCGACGACAGAGCCGACGCGGGGCCGGUGGCCGGAGCACUGCGGGCCUCUGAUCCAAAUGAACACACGGUCACAAGGAGGGCUUCUUUUAUGGCAGAUAUUUAUUUCGUUGCUCUCGUAGCGGGUUGCAGUGCAGUGGCAGUUUUUGGAGUCGUGGCUGCCGGGUACUGCUUUUACAAGGUCCAGAAGAAUGCGCGGGCGGCGGCAGACGUGGACUACCCGGCGUACGGUGUGACCGGCCCCAACAAGGAGGGAGCGUCGCCCACGGCAGACCGCAAGCUGGCGCAGAGCGCCCAGAUGUACCACUUCCAGCACCAGAAGCAGCAGAUGAUCGCCGUCGAGAAGAACCAGGCCAACAGGCACACGUCGGCCUCGGACGUGGACACGGAGGAGGAGGAGAACGAGGAGGGCGACUACACCGUCUACGAGUGCCCGGGGAUGGCCUCGGGCGGAGAGCUGGAGGUGAAGAACCCGCUGUUCCAGGACGACCGCCCCGUGCUGCCGGUCCCUGCCGAGGAGGAGGAAGAGAAGCGCAAGCGCUCGCCCCCUUGAGGACCCUCCCGCCCACCCCAGUGGCUCUCCACGUGGGCCAGACCCAGAGAGCCCACCGAACGUGUUCCGCCUCCCAAAGAUAGCUUUGUGUUCUGCCUCGUCUUCUCGUGAACUGGGCCGUCUUGGGACCCCUCAUGGCGGUCCUCGCUCGUUUAGAAAAUGCCGUUUCAAUCCAUCCCGCGUCUCUACGGGCCGGGCAACCUUGACUCCGGUAAAUUAUGCUCGUCGUAAAGGGAGGUGGCAGGGUCCUUGUUUUUUUGGUUUCCCAUCGGCGCAUCUCCCGGGGGCCUUCGGUUGUUCCGCGACUAUUCUUGCAUUUAGCCGAGACGUCCGCGUCGGUCCUCCGCUUCGACGUUUGCCUUUGCUUUUGUUUACGCGGUCGGCCACCGCACGUUUUGCGACGCCACCACUUUGCACGUAAUGCGUAAUGACAAAGUUUCUCAUUUUGUGUUGAGCAGCCCGGAAGGGGUCAAAUUUAUCCGGCGGUUAUUGUUCUUCUCGCACAAAUUGAGAUGGCUACUUCCGCGACAUUCCAAGGUGGGGGGAUUAACGGCGAAAUUGUCUGGCAGGGGGCCACUGCAGCUUUGCGAGGACCAAGAGACUCGACUACUCACUGUUUUCAUCGCGCGUUGGUGCGACUUUAUGGCUGCCGAGAAGGCUGAAGCUGCGCUCUGGAUAUCGCACGACGGUUCCAGGGAAUGUAGCCGUUCCAAGUAAUCAAACGCGGUUGUAAGCGCCGCGAUGCCAAUUCUUUGCAAUCUGAUUGAAAACAGGAGAUGGCGGUACUACCUACUGCGACGGAUCUUUUUUUGUACGCGUCGUCGCCUCCCUUUUCAAACAUGUAGUAUCUCGAGUGUGGAACCACAUUUCAUUGAAAGAAAGAGAGGUUGUGAAGUGGAAAUUGUACUUCCGGUUUGAAGUCAAGUUAGAUCCCGGAAAGCGCCCCACGUCUCUGUCGACCGACAAUCCUCGCGAGCUUGUUUCUCCUCUCACUCCUCGCACGAGGGUGUUUCAGUCCGCAGAACGAAUUCCCAGUGUCAAAAUCCAUGCGACUGACGGAUCCGACGAGCACGGUUAGCGAGGCGGCCAGUCCUCUAACGGCACGUCUGAAAACCUCUCCCCCCUUUCUAGUCACUCCAGCCAUUGUUUUGUGCGCUGUCAGCCUAUGUUCCCAAGUGUGUACUAGUCCCGCCGCUUGCGUACUACCUCGUCCCUGCUUUUCUUUUCCGGGUAUAUGCGUGUAUAUUAUAUUAGUGUUCAUGGUGUAAGCUACCAUUAUAGAUAUAUAUACAAUUGUUACCACGGGCUCUUCUAGUCUUCGAAAGCGGGUUUGGUGCGUCGGUGUCGGGCAUUUCAUUUUGGAGUGGCCGUGCUUUUGCCCUUGGCUCUUUUCAAGCUGGUUUUUCCUGGCCUCCCUCUGCAUUUGUCACCAAGUUGAGUGUAGAAAAAACCAGCAUGUAGAAAAAAAAGCUGCUCUUGUUUUUUGCCAUUUUCGAAGGGAGUGCGAGACUCAGUUGCUCUCUUUGUGGAAAGGGCAACAUCAUUUUCAUGAUUUUAGUAGUACUAUUGGUAGGACAAGUUUUGUUUGCCGGGCUCCUGCUCCUCAGUGUGGUUUUGGAGGCACUCCUUCUAGUCGUACUGCGUGUCCGCCCUGGGGUGGAACAAACUAAAGGGGAGCGAUGGGGCACAAGACCAGUCGAACAAGUGGGACGUCCCACGGGUUUAAGCCAAGACGAGGCUAGCACAAUACCCAUCUUCUCAGACUGUACAGGUCAAGGUACUCUGUUGCCUGUCCCUCAGUAUGUAUAGCAACACUCCCGGCUUUGUGCAAAGGGUCUCAGCUUUCCACCUGCUGUGGAACCCCCGGAAUGGUUUGGGAAGUGCACGGAGAAAAACAUUGUCUACUUACUACCUUCCCCGCUUGCUUUCUCAAAGUAUCAAUACGAGCCUCGGCAACGAAAAAGACUGCAGAUUAACGGGUGCAUCGUGUGUUUCCGUAGUCACGCGACCGCAGUACUAGAUUGCAAGUUGGAACACAACAUGCUAGGAGCGUGGGACGCGAUUAUUUUGAUGGCAUUGGCGUACACGGGGGGUGCACCUAGCAGCAAACCUCGUCACAACCUCGUCUUUUUCCUCCAAGUUUGGCUAAAGUAAAUCUGAUGGUCUGUGCUGGCACAGUGGGGGAGCCGGUUGCAUUCAAUUUUACUUGUUGAGAAAAACAAAAAGCAUAUCAGUGUGUGGAAAGCUGAACCCAUCCUUUGCAUAAGAUCUCCAUGCAGCAAAGGACUCUACGCAGUUGUAUAAUAAUAAUAUCUCUGAUGUGUAUGAAUAUGUGCGUAUAUCCGUGGAAGUGAAGAAAUUAAACUCUGCAAACUAUCCCAUC